AUGAUAAACUUCUUCAAGGGCCACCCCACCAGGGAAUUGCUUCCUGUCAAUGAAAUUGCAGACUCAUACAAAAGAGUAUUGUUAGAUUCCGAUUACUUGUCUUAUGAUACCGACCCCAACAACCAGCACCCAUUGCAGUAUGGUACUGACCCAGGUAAUUUAGAUGUUCGUGAGGUUAUUGCCCAAUGGGUCAACAAAAAGUUUGGCGCACAGGUCUCAGACCCCAAUUGUAUCAAUUUGACUGCUGGCGCUUCUUAUGGUGUUGGCAAUAUAUUGACCUCAGUCACGUCCCCCAAAAUCACCCAACGGGUAUUUGUUGUUACUCCUACAUAUUUUUUGAUCAAUAGUUGUUUCGUCGAUGUUGGGUUGGACGACAGAUUGACUGCAAUUGAAGAGACACACAACGGCAAGUACAGUAUUGAUUUGGUGUAUCUCGAGCAGCAAUUGCAAAAGUACUCCCAAGACUUGGAGCCAGUGCAUGAUGACAUUAAUGUUUUUCCCGACCCUGUUAGAGGAACCAGAAAGUAUUAUCGGUUCGUAAUGUACCUUGUUCCAACAUUCUCAAACCCUGGAGGAUUGAACUAUACUUUAGAAACAAGACAGAAGUUGGUGGAGAUUGCAAGAAAAUAUGACUUGUUGCUUAUCAGCGAUGAUGUAUACGAGUUUCUCGACUAUACCGAUUCCAAGCCGUUGCCUCGAUUGAACCAAUUAGAUAAAGCGGGUGCCACGAAGUAUGGGAACACCAUUUCCAACGCCACAUUCUCCAAAAUCAUUGCACCGGGGUUACGAGUCGGAUGGCAAGAAACUGCAACCCCAAAAUUGGUCGACCAGCUAUCCAUCACUGGGUCAAACAGAUCAGGCGGCACGCCAAACCAGUUGUCAACCCUCGUUGUUGCCGAUUUAAUAAAGACAGGAACAAUAGACGAAAUCAUUGCGAAAUUCAAAAACGUCUACAAAGAAAGAGUUGCGGUGUUGAAAGAGAGUAUUGCCAAGUACUUGCCACAAGACACACAAGUAUACGGCGGAGACGGAGGAUACUUUGUUUGGGUCGUCACACCGUCAGCAAACUGUUUCGAUGUAGUUGCUAAAUUGGCUAAACAAAACGUUGUGCUUGCUGGCGGUGAACAUUUUGAAGUCACUGGCGACAAAAGAAAUUGGGGCCAGCACUGUGUUCGAUUGUCAAUUAGUUAUUUGACAACCGAAGAAAUCCAACAAGGAAUCAAGAUUUGGGGAGAACUUUUAGAAUAG